UAAUUUUUAGGUAUUUAUUACCAAGAAUUAACAUUAAUAAUUAUAAUAAAUAAAAAACAUAAAACUAUUUACACCUGUGUGAUACAAAAAACACAUUAGGUAUACAAAAAUAUGUUGUUUUUUUCGGAAUUUGCGUUAUAACUUAUUCUUGUUGUGUGUAUAAGACUAUACUUACAUUUUUUUGUAAUAUUACAAAACAAUAUUGCUUUAAAACAUACCUUUAGAAACACAUUUAUGUAUGUCGUGUACCUAUAUUUUAGUCCUGUAGUGAUAUUAUAUUUGAUACAAUUGUUAUUGUACAAUUUUUGUUGAAAGAAAUCUAUUAAAUUCACAUAUGCUUAUAUAUAAACCGUAAUCAAAACAAUAUAAAAAUUUGUAAAAACUUGAAUUUAUAUAUAUUAUACAGGUACCCUAUAAUGUUGUAUCCAGUAUUAAACAAACGUGGAACAUAAAACGUGACCGAUUACAAUAUCUAAAAUACUUAUAUUAUAUUAAUAGCACAAAUUCUAAAUUUAUUUUUUUGGUUUAAUAAAUACAUGUUUACAUUCAUUAAUUUAUCUUUAUUUGUUAACAGGUCAAUUAUGUGAUGCUUGAAAAAUGAUAAUAUUUAUGAAUUUUAUUAAAACAAUCAUAAGAAAAUGGCUUCACAAAUUGAAGAAUUUCUCGCUAAAAAGAAAGAACAAACUACAUUAUUGGAUUUACAUAACUGUACUGCAAACUCAAAGGAAGAAUUAAGAAAACUCGUUGAAAAAGUGCCCGAAUUCAAGAUAAAACCAGAAAAAAAACUGGGUGAUAUUAAGAUAAAAGAAAAAAAAUUUAAAUUUAAACUACCCAAGAAAGAAAGUAAAAAACCAUUCCCAUUUGCCGAGCCAACGCCAUCAGAAAUGAAAGGAGUUUCAUUAGAUGAGUUGUACUCGGUUAAUAUCCCAUGGAAAAUGCUUACUUCUCUUCGCCCAAAAUCAAAAAUUGACGAAGAAUAUUUUUCAAGACAAGUUGAACUGGGUACGGCUACGCUCAAAACCAGGAAUACGGAGAAAAGGAUACCACGUGAUAGUUUUCUGCGAAAAAAGAAAAAUGCAUCUGGAGGAGUAGAGUCGAAGUUUUUGUCGUGCAAAGAGUGUGGAAUCGAAUUUUGUACAGGCGAAAGUUGCAAAAUAUUCGACUACGAUUCGUUCAAACGGAUUGCGGUGUCUACUAUACAAACAACCACAGAACAAACGCAAGAACCGGUUUCCCAAGAAAAAAAGUUGUCGAAAAAGAAAAAUGCCAGUAAAGGACCAAAGGUAAAAUCACGCGGUCCAGUAGUUAACAUAAAAAAUACCCUGACGAAGAAAAACAACGAGAAAAUUAUAAUUGGUGUGAAUACCAGAAAAAAAAAUUCUAUCAGUGUUCCGGAGAAAUCAAUCAAAGAUAAUAAGUUGCACCAAAACGUCAAGACAUCUAUAAAGGAUAAAUAUUCAUCGAAAGACGAUAUGAAAAAAGUCGUAAAAUAAUAUUAGAAUUAUAAUAAUUAAAUUUAAUUAUAUAGAUAAAAACCAUGAGUACUUUUUAUAUAUUUCUUUAAAUUUAAAAUAAUUAUUAUUACUGAAUACUAUUGUCAUUUGUAUUUUAACCAUUUUACCAAUAAUUUUUUUAAUUUUUCAAUCUUUGUUCGG